AUGACUGCCAACACCGUCCACGUGAAGAACAUCGCUUCGGCGACCGAGGACAAGGAGAUCCGCGACUUCUUCAGCUUCUGCGGCAAGAUCACGAGCCUCGAUGUCACCCCCGCCGGUGAGGAGAAGGAGGCCACCGUCACCUUUGAGAAGGAGACAGCAGCCAAGACCGCCCUUCUGCUGAACAACACAAAGCUCGGCUCCUCCCACAUCAGCGUCACCAGCGCCAGCGGCGACGCCUCCGACGACGGCUCCCACUUCACCAAGACGGACGCCAACCGCGACACGGAUGAGAUCACCCAGGAGGAGAAGCCUCGCACCCGCAUCUUCGCCGAGUACCUCGCCCACGGCUACGUCGUCGGCGACGCCACCCUGCAGCGCGCCAUUGAGCUUGACAGCCAGCACGGCAUCUCCUCCCGCUUCCUCAACACCCUCCAGAGCCUCGACCAGAAGUACCACGCCACCGAUCGCGCCAAGGCCACCGACCAGUCCUACGGCAUUUCUGCCCGCGCCCAGGGCCUCUUCGGCGGCCUCAGCAGCUACUUUGAGCAGGCCGCCAGCUCCCCUACCGGCCAGAAGAUUGUCAGGUUCUACGAAGAUUCUCAGCGCCAGGUCGCUGACAUUCACGCCGAGGCCCGUCGCCUGGCCGACCUCAAGAAGGAGCAGUCCGGCGGCAGUGCCUACAAGGCCUCGGGCCUCGAGAAGAUCUUCGGCAAGGAGAAGGAGAAGACGGUGCCCCCUCAGACCGGCGAGACGGUCGGUACCGCCGCCCCGACGCAGCCUGACGACAGCUCGUCUGUGCCCCUGUCUAAGCCCGGCGGCGAGAAGGCAUAG